AUGCAGAUCAAGUUUGGCACCGCUCUGAUACUGGCAGCUUCUGCCUCAGUUGACUUUGUUACAGCACUCCAGGUUACAUCACCUAACAGAGGUGACAAGUUGGACUUGACCGGCUCCAACCAGGUAACUUGGGAUUCCGUAGAGUCCGAUCCUACCUCAUUCGACAUCCAGAUAGUCAAUGAACAUGUCAACCCCCCCCUUGUCAAGACUAUUGCCACCAAUGUCCAAACUAGUGCGGGUUCGUAUACGUUCAGCAAAUUUGCCGUUGCCGUUGGAGGCGACUACCAAAUCAACCUAAUCUCCACCGAACCUCAUAACACAGGCAUCCUCGCCCAGUCUGCUCAAUUCGACGUCUCCGACGCCGUCAACAGUAGCAGCACGAGCACCAGCACCGGCACCUCAACAGCAAAAAACACAUCGUCAACCGGCACCAAUACAUCCACCAAAUCCUCAUCAUCAACCUCCUCCUCCUUGGGAACUGCGACAUCUACCACGACGAACUCAGGCGUUAGCUCCUCUGGGAUUCGUACGAGCUCAAUUGUUGUUUCGGUUGUGGGAUGUGUGCUGGGAAGUGUUUUGGCGCUGUUGUUGUAA